AUGUCCUUCCCUACGCCUCCGCCGCCGCUCGAGACGGCCCCAUCCUACAUCCGCUGUGCUCCUGGGUCGAAGCGCGUGUCCCGCCGCCGAAUCUGCCUCUUCCUGGACGGAACGGGCAACUCGUUCGGCUCGAACAUCACCAACCUCCCCAUUCUCUUCUCCCUCGCGAACGAAGACCCGACCAAAGCCCUCCUCUACUACCAGGCCGGCGUGGGAGAGACGAUCGCGACGCAUGAGGCCGGAUGGAUGCCGAGCAAGAUCUACCAGAAGGUCUCGCAGAUUAUCGACGAGGGAAUCGCGUACUCGCUCGGAGACCACAUCUGCAAGGGCUACAAGUUCCUCAUGGACCCCGGAGACGAGGUCUUCCUCUUCGGUUUCUCCCGCGGCGCCUUCACCGCCCGCGCCCUCGCUGGCAUGCUCGAGGCCGUCGGACUGCUUCCUGCCGGCAAUGAGGAGACAAUUCCGCUUGCCUUCUCGAUCUACAAGCGCAAGACGGAGACAAUUCUCUUCCAGUCUGGCGAGCAGAAGGAGACGGUCGCGCAGGGCUUCAAGCGUACGUUCUCCCGCGAGAUCGAGGUCCACUUUGUCGGCGUCUGGGACACCGUCUCGUCCGUCGGCAGCAUCAUCCCGCGUACACUUCCCUUCGCUUCCGGCUCCUCCUGGAUCCACCACUUCCGCCAGGCUUUUGCCCUCGACGAACGCCGCGCCCGCUAUACCCCUCAGCACUGGAUCGGCCCUGCGGCGCAAGCGGACCGCGACCACUCUGCUGACGCGCAGCCUGGGCACGGUCACGGCGGAGACGAACGACCGGUCACAACCGUCAAGGAGGUCUACUUUGCCGGUGCGCACUCGAACGUCGGCGGCGGCGAGUUCCCCUACGACGGAGAUCACUCGCCCGCUCUCUCGCACCUCUCGCUCAAGUGGAUGGUUCGCGAAGCUGUCGAGGCCGGCUUCGAGCUUGACACCUACAGCGUCAGCACGUCGCCCAUUUUCGGUCCGUUCGUCGACAAGGCAAGGGAGGCAUUGCGCUCGCUCGACAAGUACCCCGACCUCGACGCCUACCUCGACCGCACAAUGGAGAACAACCCCGAGGCGAACGAGCUUAUGGCUGCGACCGUCUACCUCGCAGCGCGUCCCUCGCCACAGUCGACUGCCGACGCUCUCGCUCCUCGCGCCGACCACCUCUCCUUCGCGAUCGAGGAGAAGCCCGAAGAGGUCAAGGACAAGCUCAGCUUCGGCGCUCGUCUCGCCGACUUCUACGCCCGUAUCAGCGCGAGGGCGAUGACUUCGUUCUGGUGGCUGCUCGAGAUCCUGCCCACGAUCAAGGUUGCGCAGCGGGCGGAUGCUCACGGCAAGAAGAAGGUCUCCUUCUGGCCCAACUUCGGCCGCGGCCGCAUCCUUCCGUCCCACCCCAACUUCCACUACUCCGUGCUCGAACGCAUGUCCGCCGCGCCCGCCAAGCUCGCUUCCGAGCCCGGCAAUAACGAGAACGUCCCCGAGGGAUCCCAGGGGUACAAGCCGCAUGCGAGGUUCAGGGAGGGCAGGGGGAUGAAGGACGUCCGCUUCGUCGAAUAG